GCCGCGCCGCGCUCCUUUUGGAUUUUCGGAAUGGCUGCGAAGACGUUUGCGAAACCACGCUGUAACCAGUCUGAAGAAGAACUGUAUGAACUAGAAAAGCAGGAAUUCGAAACAGGCCCGCUAUCAGUUCUCACAAAUGCAGUGAAAAAUAACACCCAGGUUCUUAUCAACUGUCGGAAUAAUAAGAAAUUGCUGGCUCGCGUCAAGGCGUUUGAUAGACAUUGUAACAUGGUACUGGAAAACGUGAAGGAAAUGUGGACAGAAGUACCCCGUCCCGGUAAAGGAAAGAAGAAAUCCAAGCCAGUGAACAAAGAUCGUUACAUCAGCAAGUUGUUUCUUCGUGGGGACUCAGUUAUCCUAGUUCUUCGUAAUCCGUUGGCUACAGCUGCUCCUGCCCGAGGCUGAUGGGCGUGAUAUGCCACACUGUCCUGUACACAUUUGAAUCAUCUUCAUUUUUACCUGCUCCACGAAUAAAAUAUGCGCAACAACACA